CUGCGCCCGUCGCACUUACAUCUCUCUGUAAACAGCCAAGUUAUAUACAGUAUGUAGAUAUGUUUGAUUAGGAAACAGUGUUUCAGUGGAGCUUUAAAACCACGUUCAUCUGAAGCUCAUCAAUAUUUUAGGACUAAACUCUGAAAUAUGAUGGAGGAUUUCUCUGGCUUGGCUUUGCCCCCUUUGUUUGGAGGACAUAUCCUGGAGGCAGAGUUGGAGCCUGGUGGUGUGGAGCUGGGACCUGGAGAGGUGGAGCUGGACCCAGAAGUAAACGAACUGCUUGAGACUACAGCACAAGAAGAUGAAGAGCAGAGAGCUCUUGAUAAAAGAAAAUGUCUAGCACUAAGUAGGAGAUGUAAAGACAUUGAACAGGUAAACCAGAAGAUCCUAGGUCGCCUUCACCAAGUGCAAAGAAUUACACGGCGUUUGAAGAAAGAAAGGCGGUUUCUCAUGAAGACUUUAGAUGCUCAUGGGGACGACUACAGAAAUGCCCAGCUCACGAUACUGCUAGAGGAUGAGCCUGGAGCUCACUUAGAUCCUGCUGCUGGAGUCGAGGAUGAGAAACCCAACGGAGUGUCUAGUUCGUCUGGAUCAUUGCUUCAUGCAGCUGGGCCAAAGAAGAAGAGGCAUCAAAUUCCUCGGCAAGAAAAGUAUAAAGACCCACAAAUUGAACCAGACAUGUCGGUGUUGGCAGACACACAGUUUGGAGAAAUGCCUAGCCCAACUGCUCUGUCUCACUGAUCUGAGCCCUUGGACAUGAGGAAGAAGACAACGAUGAUGGGAGGGUCCAGUUUCUUUAACCAUUCUGUAGAUAUAGCAGCCUCUGUAAGGGUUGGCAAGAUUUGUUAUUUCACUUGAAGGGUGUAAAUGGAUGUCAUUCCUGUUCACUUGAUAAAUAUGUAAAUUUGUAUUGUAAAUAUGUUGUGUUUUGUAAUAACAGCUGAUGACAACAUGUAAUUAUGAUAGUGGCACAGUAUUUUGGAUAACUCAACCAAGUGUAAUUAUUGUUGGUGCGAAAAGGUUUUCUUCAUGUUAACAGUGAGUUCAUAAUGUAGCUCAAUAAGCAAGAGUGGUUGACAACAUUGGAAUUUAAACACUGAUAGUUUGGUAAAGUUUAUUUCUAUUUUAAAGUUAAUUUUUUAUUAUUAAAAUGUGUGCAUCAACUUAAAGAUACAAAUCUCAGCUUGUUGUUUACUAUGUUACCUUUCUACAUACAGGACUGUCUCAGAAGAUUAGAAUAUUGUGAUUUUCUGUAAUGCAAUUACAAAAAAAUAAUGUCAUACAUUCUGGAAUCAUUACAAAUCAACUGAAAUAUUG